GCACCCGUUGCCUCGACCAAGUAGGGAAAUUGAUAUUGCCAGUGUGCAGAGCUCGCGAGCUGGCACCAGAGGACCGUCCACCAGCAAUUUAGGUCUUCCAGGCCCUAGUAGUGAGUUUUGCUGAAUGUGUGGCGCUCAUUGCAACCUCUAACAGGUUAUAGGUCGAACAAGCACCGCAGGUGAAGAAGAAGAUGCAACUGGCUCAGUGAACGAGCCUAGCAUGGCCGGAAGAGAGAAUGGAAAGUCGAGUCUACCCGUCGUCCGCCUCGAGGACGACCGGGACGACGACGACGAGGACUAUGGCGACGAUGCUAGCAGCAACGAACUGCAACUCCAUAACCGGGACGCCUUCAACAUAACCGCACAGUCCGCCAAACUUCAUUUGGAUUUGCUUGCCCAAGUAUCCACCGCGCUCCAGAACGAGCGAAAUAACAACCCUUGGACGCAGCUCUCCGAUCCAGUGGUGGGCCAAGGCCUCGCUUCCUACGAAGCCGCCGUCGGGAACCUCAAGAGCCUCAUCGGGGACCUCCUCCGCAUCGGCAGAGACCGCGAAUCCUACUGGCAGUACCGUCUGGAACAAGAAGGCAACGUGCGCCGCAUGUGGGAAGAAAGCAUGACGCGCGUCGCAAAGGAGCAAGAAGCGCUCGAAAGCAUGAUCGGCGUAUCCGAAGACAAGCGCAAGCGCACCAAACGUGCGCUUCGCGAUGCGUUGGAGGGAUUGUCCGUCGCGGAUAGUAUCCCGCACAGCCCUCAACGCCGAUCGACCGAGUUCUUCGAUACGACGGAGAUCCCGAAGACGGAGGCGAAUGGGUCGGCGUUGAAAGCAGCGAUGCUGGCCGAACCGCGUCGGAAGUCGACAUUGGCGGAUAUGACGGUGUUGUCGGAGAGCGAGUCGGACGACGAGGAGGAGUUCUUCGACGCGAUUGGCGCCGGGGAGAUGCAGGUGGUGGAGCUGCCGAUGAGCCCGCAGCAGAAACAGAUGGAGCUGCCGAAGACGCCGGAGGUGUCGUAUGAGCGGACGACGGGGGAGCUGUUGGCGUCGUUUAAGGGGUAUGAGGAUCCGGUUCGGGAGCGGUUGGCGAUGGAUGCGGAUGAUCGGCCGAAGAUAUCGCUUUGGGGCAUUCUCAAAUCUAUGAUUGGAAAAGAUAUGACGAAAAUGACACUGCCGGUCUCGUUUAACGAGCCGACCUCUCUCCUUCAGCGCGUGGCGGAGGAUAUGGAGUACACCGACUUGUUGGAUAUUGCUGCCGAUUGCGCCGACCCGACCGAACGGAUGGUGUACGUCGCUGCAUUCGCUGCGAGUGAGUACGCUUCCACGAUCGGGCGUGUCGCGAAGCCUUUCAAUCCUCUCCUUGGUGAGACUUUUGAAUAUGCUCGUCCGGAUAAAGGCUACCGGUUCUUCAUCGAGCAAGUCAGUCAUCAUCCUCCGAUUGGCGCCGCAUACGCCGAGUCACCGAAAUGGGAUUAUUGGGGCGAAUCCGCCGUCAAGUCCAAAUUCUACGGCAAAUCCUUCGAUGUCAACCCCCUCGGCACCUGGUUCCUCCGCCUCCGCCCCCGCAACGCCCCCCCGGAACUCUACACUUGGAAGAAAGUCACCUCCUCCGUUAUCGGUAUUAUCACUGGUAACCCCAACGUCGACAACUACGGCCCCAUGCACGUCCGCAACUGGACCACCGGCGAAGUCUGCAACCUCGACUUCAAGGCCCGCGGCUGGAAAGCCUCGUCAGCCCAUCAAGUCGGCGGGAAGGUGCUCGACGCCGACGGAAAACCGCGCUGGACGAUCGCAGGCCGCUGGAACGAUAAGAUCUACGCCAAGGUCGCAUCGAGCAACGACGAUGACGCAUCGCUGCCGGUGGGCGAGGUGGAGCGACGCCUUGAGAGCGCGGCGUCGCGUUCCCCGUCGCAGGCGUUCCUGGUCUGGCAAUGCCACGGGAGGCCCACCGACAUCCCGUUCAACCUGACGCCGUUCGUGGUGACGCUGAACGCCCUCCCCGACGCGCUGCGCCCGCACCUCGCGCCGACGGACACGCGGCUGCGACCGGACCAGCGGGCGAUGGAGGAUGGGGAGUACGACUUCGCGGCGACGGAGAAGAAUCGGCUGGAGGAGAAGCAACGGGCGAAGCGACGGGAGCGGGACGAGGCGGGGGAGGAGUUCGUCCCCCGGUGGUUUCGGAAGGGGCGGUCGGAGGAGACGGGGGAGACGUAUUGGGUGUUUAACGGGGAGUAUUGGAAGAUGCGGGAGACGGGGAAAUGGGAGGGGUUGGAGGAUAUCUUUUCUGAAGCGGAAUGAGCGGGACGAAGUAACAAGGAUGAAUGAGGGGAGAUGGUUAAUUAGGUAUGCUCUGUGGCCAAUU